AUGAAUUUCUUCAAUAUUUGCACACUAAUCUUCGUGAUUUUUCUCCAAAUUGCAACAAUAAAUGCUCAAUUCUUUUUCCCAUUCGGAAAUGGUAUUCAACAAAUUGAUAUGAGCAAUGGACAAAAUUCAAGAGCAUAUCGAUAUUCGACUCAAAAUGGAGCUGUUAAAGAUACCGAAGGAUUUUUUGCAUUGUGUCGUGGAUGGAGUUGUCAAUAA